UAAUUUAGCCAGUCGGCGGCAAUGCAUCAACCCAUUCAUGAGUGUUUCACAUGCAAGUUUGUUACUGACAUUGCAGAGUUUUUGCAUCGUGCAGAAGUGGGUUUGGGCUCUGACGCAUCAUCAUCAUCAUCCUCAUCCUCCCAGCGCGCGUCCAGCUCGCCAGCUCAGACUAGUUCAGCACCGUCCGCAGCCGCUCAUAGAAAAGCGGCCAGUGCUGGCAGCUGUGGAUUUUCUGAAGGCUUUAAAAAAAAAUCUCAUGCUGCAAAUUAUCAUGACUCGGAAUUUUUAUUACAGUAAAUGUCAAGCUCGUGCGUUGUAACGGAGGAAAACCGUAACGCAUUUCUUUCACCAGCUCUAUAGAAGUCGGCUAAUACGUCCGUUUCUGAGUUUCAAAGCUGAAAAGUUGUAUGAUGGCUUCUGCGGCAAAGUAUAAAGAGGAAAGCGAGCCUCGGAAUAGUCUUGCGUGGCAGAGCUGUUGCUUUGCAGGGAUUCUGCCGACAGCCGCCUGUUUCGUGCUGUCUGUGAGCUCAAUAUCUCUGGGGCUUCUGCUGAGCUCCAGAACGUCCCAUCUGGAGCAUCGUGUGAAGGUACUGGAAGCCCAGAAGAGCUCCCUAUUCCUGGAUGCAGCUUCUGAGUUAGGGGCAGAUGGAACCGUACUUACACUUCGGGAUGCGAUUGAAAAGCUCCUGCAAGAGAGACUGGACGCCUUGAUGCCUAAACUCCGCUCAGCGAGGGAUGUGCCGCAGGACUGUUCUUGCCCGCCAGGGCCGCCAGGAAAGCGGGGGAGGAUGGGACGGAAAGGGGAACACGGCUCUCCAGUAAGUCCUGCACUUCUCCGGUGGUAUGUAAUUAGCUGGGUACUUUUGUUAGGGCCGAUCUGGUUCAUUUCACCUUGGUUUUGCUCUGUUCCACUUGCUGAUUGGACAGGGCGCUCCGGGACGGGAUGGCUAUCCGGUAAAUCUCGUUCUGUCCUCUCGUCUCUCACCGCCCUGCUCUGGCUACAGUCUGUCUGCCGUUCCUGCUAACAGGGACCAGUUGGCAUGGAUGGACAGCCGGGACCAUCUGGACUCAAAGGGGAUAAGGGGGACCAUGGAGACGGCUGGCCAGUGGAACACUUCUCCAACGGUGCCUUUGCGGGUCUACUCAGCAAUCAGAUCCUCACUAUCAAGGGUGACCAAGGACAAGCCGGCCCCCCCGGUCCCCCAGGCCCUCCCGGAUAUCCCGGUCUGAGAGGGCCCCCAGGAAACCUAGGAAAGGACGGGCCCCCGGGGCGAGCUGGAGACCCAGGCACACCGGGACCGGACGGCGUUGAGGGACCCAGGGGGCUUCCCGGAGUUCAGGGUGAGAAAGGCGAGUGGGGUGUCCCUGGACCCCAAGGACCUCCGGGGUUAAAGGGAGAACCAGGUCUUCCUGGGGACCGGGGCGAGAAAGGCUUGGAUGGACUAAAGGGAGACAAAGGAGAUGCUGGACAUGCAGGACCGGCGGGAAACAAAGGGCAGAAGGGCGAGCUGGGGGAGAGUGAAAAGACUGACUUUAACGCCAAGCUAACCGAAGUCCUCCAGGGGCCUCCAGGCCCACCGGGGCCCCCGGGGCCCUCAGGAGAACAAGGACCAAAGGGAGAUCUGGGCUUACCUGGACCACCAGGAGUUGAUGGCGAUAAGGGAGUCAGUGGACAAAAGGGACAGAAAGGAGACCGUAGUUUGGAAGACGAUUUGGCUCAGAUUAUUUUUCAGUCAGGCCCCCCAGGGCCACCUGGACCUCCAGGACCCCAAGGCCCCAUGGGAUACCCCGGCCUACCUGGCCCCACGGGGGAAGCAGGACAGGGACUGAGAGGAGAGAAGGGGGACCCCGGGGAUAGAGGCCCCCCAGGGAUAAGGGGUGUUUCGGGGCCCGCGGGGUUAAUCGGGCUCCCAGGCAUUAAAGGAGAUAAGGGAAAACCAGGGGAAUCAGGAUUUGAUGGGUUUCCAGGCCUAAUAGGAGAAAAGGGUGAUCGGGGUGACAAAGGCGAGAAGGGGGACCGGGGUGCUAUGGGCAAAAAGGGCACCAGGGGGCAGAAGGGUGAGCAAGGACCCCCUGGUCUGGACCAGCCCUGUCCUGUGGGACAUGAUGGGCUACCUAUACCAGGCUGCUGGCAUAAGUGACGGAAAAUCACUCUCAUCUAGUCACACCUGUACAUACCGGCAAUGAAUCUUUGUAAACUAAAUGCAUUUUUUUAAUAUUGAGAUUUUUUACCUGAAAAUGUUUUUUUUUUUUUAUUUAAAUUAAAUGUGUAGAAUGUUAUUUUCAUCUUAUUACCAGUGGUAAUUUUUAAUGUCAUUACAUGUCAAAAAAAGACGUUUGAUGUAGUACUAUAGAAUGAAAGUCGGAGGCUGACAUCUUUGAAGUACUACACCAUAAGAACUAUGCUGAAAAUGUACAAUAAAUGUGAAAAAGUAGUAUAAUACUAGUAUUAGUAAACAUACUCAGACUGAAUUCAAUAGACACAAGUUGCUGCUAAUAUCUAUAGUAAUAACCUGCCCAAAUGUUAUUUCCUGGUAGCAGAGUGUGAAAUUGCCUGAAACUAAGAGAUGUCAAAGACCUACCAGUGAAACUCCUCAUUAAAUGGAAAUCUGAUUCAAAGAAACGCAGGUGCUCCAGUGUAGCCAUGGCAACCAAAGCAAGAGCAUACAAGAUGCUGGUGACUCUAAUGUAACCGGCUGCUCGCCACAUGGUGCAGUGAGUGAAUGGGAUGGGGUCAGCAGGACCCCAGCUCACUACACAGCAAUGACAGAGGAACCCACCAUUUUGACAAGACCUACAAAGUACAUUAAGAAUAUCAAUGAAUGACUUAAGAUUGGUAAUUUAAUAGGGACCUUCUGUCCACAUUUCUUCAAAAGAAUUGACAAAUUUGUAUUUUUUUAAGAGAAUUCUUGUAUAUAUUUAGAUUUCUUUAUAACUGAACAUGCAGAAAUGAUUGACCACCUGUAAAAUUAGAUAACAAUUGUGAAAUAUCUGGCAUCAUUUAUAAUUAUGUACCUUUGUUUUUUGUUUGUUUGUACUUUGUAUUACUAAAUAAUUGUUCUAGAAAGGCAUGAUCACUUGUUUAAUUGUUACAUCAUAUGCAAAAUAUUUAGUUUGGAGUAGCUGAAGGUUUUAUACGCUAAUGGUUUCCUUUUUCAGUUUCAUUCUUACAUGUAAACAAUCCAGAUUUAGCCGAGUUACUCAUAGUCAAAUAUUUAACUUAUGAACAGUUUAUUCCUGAAACUAGCUUUUGCCGUUAUUUCAGUAAAAACAGCUGUAACCUUCUUAACAAGAUAAAGAAUAACGUUAGUUGAACAGUUAUAGGAUACUCUGUCAUUAAAAGUAUCUGUAGAAUGUAUCGUAAUUUUACGAUCUUAAUUGCUUUGGCCAGCUGUGGUUUUGUGGUCAAGCUACCAGUAUCUCUGCGAGUGUUUGACUUCAUAAAAUUAUCUAAAUGCACAACCUGGUGACAGUAUCUUAUGACUUUUUAAAUUAUAUGAUAUAUUACUCUAGGUUCCUGGUAUUUGCUGUCAACAGGAUUGAUGUUUAAUCCUUAUUUUUUAUAUGAAUAUAGCCCCCAUCCUUCAGCAGUGUGAUUUUUUUUUUUUUAUAACAAAUCAUUAUUUCCUCAUUCACUGAUUAGAAACCAUCUAGGGGUCCCAAACACAUUUUAAAUGCACAGUUCAUACAUUCACUGUAUACAGUAGAGUUUAUCAUAUACACCUUAUCACCUUACCAAACCCUGGUAAACUAUCUGUUAGGGAAAAGCAUGUGUUUAAAUAGACAACCCAAACCUGCACAUUUUCAAUGGAAAGACCCUAAAAUUAGUUGCUCACUAUUCUGGAGAGCAAGAGUUAAAUUUACACUGUUAUGUGAUAUUUCACAAGGGAUGCCUUGGUAUUUGCUAAAGGAUCAAGCAAGCAGAAGAUGCAUUGUGAUACAACGUUACUGACAAACACUCAGGAGCCAGGAAAAUAUGAAGGAGAGAGGGAGUCAGAACUAUUGAAGCAAUAAAAUAUACCAUCUAGGCAUCUAUCACAGUGUAUUCGUAAAAUAAUCGUAAUAAUGAUAAAAUCACGUUAAAAAUUGGAAUGCAUUUCCUCAUUUUAACCAUCACGAAAAAAUGUUAUGGCUUGUGGGAUGUUUAAGAAAAUUUACUUUCAAGUAAAUCCUGUAAUUUUUCCUUUUUUAUAUUUUAUCUUGUUUGUUUUAUAUUUGUAUACAGAUUUGUGUUUUAUGUUGUUUUUUUUUAAGAUAAAUCGUUCUGAUCUUACGAAAAAUAAAGUAUCACUUUUCUUAAGAUGA